AUGCGGUCUGCAUCUCUCGAUCACUCGCUCGCGGGCCAAGCCAGGUCUCAGGAUCCCUCCAGCCACCGCGAUGGGCCCCACGCCCUCAUCGAGCUUUCGAUCUCACUCGUUGAUUCCGCCAUCGAUCUCGUCGAUGAGCAUCUCACGAACGAGAAGCUCACCCAUGAUAGCAACCUCAUGCCUGGAGGAUCUCUCGGUAAACAUUUACGCCACGUCGAAGAGGCGUGGGCCGCUUUCCUUUCGCCCUUUUCGAUGGAGAAGUCGCAACCUCUCGUUAUCAACUAUGACGCAGUCUUACCUGACUCACGCAAAGAAGUCGCUCGCGAUGUCGACGCCUGUCGGAAUGCUCUCAACAGCGUUCGCGAAGGUCUUUGCAGCCUCGCCGAUGCCAGUGAUUUGUCUGGAGAGCUGGAACGCGAUGUGAUUGUUUCGUCGCUGUCGCCCGUUGAGCAAGAGUUUAGGAGUACGCUAGGACGAGAGGACAUUCCCCUUCCCGUUGACUUCGGUACAGCUCCGGCCACCAUCUUGUUCCGUGGCGAAGAAUGGCGCCCUCCCAAGAUUCCGGCGCAUUCAAAGGCAAAGUUGUAG